UUCGAGUUGAUUUGCUACUAGUUGAUGGACGAAUUUAUUUUCAAGGAUAUGUCCUUGUGUUGCGGUGAUCUUGGUUUGGGUUCGAUCAAGGACAGGACCGUGUGAUAUCGGGUGCAUGUGGUUGUUGAAAUCUGUAACUUUUGCGUUUGCGAGCGUAAGGGUGUUCCACGCCGGAAUAAACAGAACUGAAAGAUUCUGUAUUCAGUUGUUUAUUUCUUUGAUUGGGAACUGAAGUUUCGCAGGUUGGGAUGCGAAGUUGGGACAUUCUUGAUAGUUGGUCCUAGCGACACUACGUUAGGUCUUUUCGGCAGAGUGGACUACCACUUCGUUCCACAAAUUUUGGUUAGCAACGCUACUAUAUACACACACACACACUGCUAUGGUUGCGGUUCAUGAUGCUAUAAUCAUCUAAAUUGAUCUUCGUGCGGAGAACUCAAUUGAAGCGAUGAAUUAUGGUGAGAGUUUCGUGUCAGCAUCGUUUUUUCGACGGUCUUAUUGGUGCGUUGGAAACUCAAGGAGUGGCAGCAAAACGCUCAGGGUUGUUGCUUAUUCAUCAUUAAACCUUCAGUAGCACGGCAGUGUUGCAGAUAUUGAUUCCUCUUAUCACACUACAAUCUUGGCGAUCAUUUGGGGACAGAAUAACAUUAAAGAUCUUGAGUGUUCCCUUCGAAUGUGCCGCCUGUAGUUCCUUCACAGACAUUGUGCAACUUAAUACCUCUUGGUCGAAGCGAAACGUUGAGUAUGUUAAGUCUUUGUUGAUUUGUAAUGCAGCCGCCUGGAAUCUGCACGUAGUAUAGAGCUGAGAUGAAUGGCGCAUGAUAGUUUUUCUUCUGAAUUGUUCGCUUUAGAUCACCAUACUCACUAUGCGAUUGGCUGCUGUUCCUAAAUGAGAGGUCGGGGAAGAAUUGUUAUCUGACACAAUUAGUUUGUGAUGACAUACUUUUCCAAUUAUUCACGCGUGGUCGUUUGCUGAUUGAGCGACACGAUUUUUGCACACAGGAAUUGACAACAGGUGAACUACGCUAGUGGUGAAGUGAUCCGAUUGUGGAGAGCGACUAGCAAAUAACUGUCGGUGCUCGAGUCUCAUGCAAUUAUUUGUAUCUUCUACAAAGUUUUCGGCAAUGGGAGCGGGAUUUGACAGUACGAUUGACAUCUACCUUCGAGUGCGGCCCAUUUCCAGUGGAGCGAAAGCCGUGCUUGAGUUGAACCAGGAAGAAGGCAGGGUGACAUGGACAAUCCCCAGGCACGUUUCUCUGGGGCUUGCGAACCAUCAGCGCGAGCAUUUUACUUUCAAGUUCACUGGCCUUUUUGACAUGGAGAGCAAACAGGAUGAGGUGUUCCAGAAGGUUGCUCACAAGGUGGUGAUAGGGUCCUUGGAUGGAUACAAUGGCACUAUAUUUGCAUAUGGGCAGACAGGUUCGGGCAAGACCUACACCAUCACAGGAGGAAGUGAACGCUAUGUCGACCGUGGAAUUAUUCCACGAACGAUCUCCCUUAUCUUCAGUGAGAUCGCAGAACGGAGCGAGUACGCUUACACAUUGCAUUUUUCUUACAUGGAGGUUUACAAUGAAACGGGUUAUGACUUGCUUAACCCUGACCAUGAGACCAAAGCUCUUGAGGACUUGCCUAAGGUGACGUUGUUGGAAGAUGAUGACAAUGUGUUUCAUUUCCGAAAUCUUUCGCACCACCUUGCCACUAAUGAGGAAGAAGCCUUGAAUCUUGUCUUUGUUGGCGACACCAACAGAAUUAUCAGCUCCACUCCUAUGAACAUGGCCAGUUCACGGUCCCAUUGCAUAUUCACAGCGCACAUUCUUGCAUGCAAGGUGGGGGAGGAAACAGUGCGUAAAUCAAAGCUUCAUCUCGUGGAUCUUGCUGGUUCCGAGCGAGUGUGGAAGACUGGAGUUGAUGGCCAGAUUCUGAGGGAGGCGAAGUACAUCAAUUUGUCGCUGCACUAUUUGGAACAGGUAAUUGUAGCUUUGCAGGAAAAGUUUCAAGGAAAGAUGCGUACUCACAUUCCUUAUCGCAACUCGAUGAUGACUUCUGUUCUGCGAGAUUCAAUUGGAGGCAACUGCCUGACGGUGAUGAUAGCAACGGUAACCAUUGCACAAGAUCAGUUGCCAGAGACUAUCUCCACAUGCCGCUUUGCUCAGCGCGUGGCGAUGAUAUCAAAUCAGGUGACGCUCAACGAGGAAGUCGAUCCCAACUUACUAAUAAAGCGGCUCAAACAACAAAUCGGAGACUUGAAGGGAGAAAUAGCUCUGUUGCGUGGAGAAAACGAAAAUCGGCCUCCCCUUUCUGCAAGUGAAAUUGAAAAUGUUCGCAGUCGAGUGAUUGGCUUUCUUAGCGACAAGGGUGUAGAUACGGAUCUUCAUUGUGGAGGAAGUAUGAUGCAUAUACAUGCUGCUUUUCAAAUCCUCAAAGAAAUGCUCAAGCACGGGGAAACGCAGACGAUAAAAAGUGUUCAGGAUGACAACGGGUCCCAGGUGUCCAGUGAAUCCACUGUCGUGAAGACACUUCAAGUUAAAGUUUCUGACUUGCAAUACCAGUUGCAACAACGAGACAAUGAGAUUCAGAUACUGGUUGCAUUCAUUCGCAAACGAGAGGCAGCUGCAAGAAAUACAGUACGGUCUGCAUCAGUUCAGUCUUUGACAGACCGACCACCAUCAACUUCCUGUCGAGGCUCCCGCACUGAAGAGAAGGGCGGGGAAAUGAAACGCUCUCAGCUACUUGCUGAAAAAAAUGUUACACCACGGCCCUCAAAAUCAGCAGACUUCCAUCAGCCUAAAAGCACGGAAUUAGAUGUGGAUUUAGGAGUCGCAAAGCUGCCAGUAACUAGUGGUCGAGAGAUGGACAAGGACAAAGCCUUUGAGCUGUACGUAGACCAUUAUUUCUAUCACAUUGACAUAAUGGAACCCUCUCUUACAGAAAACAGCUCGGUCUGGAUAAAACCUUGUGAUAAUACCGAAGUAUCGUGCCAGUACCACUCGCUUGUGGUUUUGUUCUCAAAGGGUAACGACAAAAUGGAGGCGAUCGAAGAGAACAAGUCUUUGUUAAUAGCGAUGUGCGCGAAUGCCAAAGCGCUUGGUGAGAAAGUGAAUCGCGCCAGAGAUAGUAUCAAUGGUUUAAGAGCGAAGAUAGAGAAGCAUCGUGUGGAGCGUGCACGAGACUACCUUGUUUCUGGUGUCUCUAAUGAAACUUUGUUGGAGAAUGAUGAAGAAGAAGAUCAACUUCUCUGCUAUAUUGAUGCUGAGAAGAAAUCGGAAACCGGGCUCGUAAUGUGGCUGCAGCGGACGUACAAAGAAGGGUUUUCUGAGUUAAGAGACAUAAAGAAAGAGAUAGAGCAUCUCCACAAACUACUUGAACACAAUGGAGCCCAACUCCAGGUGUUUUUUUCAUUUCCGCUUUCUAACAGCCAACCGGAUAACAAUCUCUUUUACAAGAAAGAAUUUCCUUGUAUGACGCUACCCAGCCUUAGAAAGCAUGCUGCAGCAAGACCUCAACAAGUUCAAACAAUCUACCAGCAUGCCCACAAUCACGGCAAUCAGCGAUAUUGUUCAGCCGAUUUUGAGGUAUAUUGGAGUGCAAUGACAGCAGCCCCUGCCUCGACAGAGACUUCAAGGAAAGCCCCGAUCAUUCCCAGACUUCAAAUCAGUUCCGCGAUCGGACCCCAGCAUCAGGCUAACCAGAGCAGCAGUGCAGAAUAUAAACCCCUCUUUCCAUUUUCAAGCAACAGCUUGAGUGCACGAGGGAGCCACUGUAGCCCAUUGUCAGUCUCUGACCCUCGGUCAGGCUCUCGUGGGGGGAAUGAUCUGCGCGCCUUGGCUCUCGCUUCCUCAAAGGAGCACAGCAAAUAUGUCAAAAGCCCAUCAUCCUCAGGUGCAGGACAAGUUCUAAAUAACUUGGACAACCUGUUACAACCCAUCCGCCGACAACAGUUGAAAGAAUCAGUUAACACAGCAGGCCUUCAGAAAGUACCCCUCACUGGCAAUGCAGCUGCAGAUGCCGACAUCAUUGCGUUCUACAAAGCUCGUUCUGGGGUUCUCAAGAAAGUCUCCAGCUAGUUGUGCUUCUAACCCAGUUUGUGCAAGAUACCUGAUUGGUUUAGAAAGAUUUGAACCAGCUUGUGGAAUCGAAGCAAACAAGAGUGUGACUCAUAAAUUGGACAUGAUAGGUUGCAGUGACGAAACGAGGAUUGGCAGUAUUCUCUGUGUGGGCCCAAAAGCAAAGCUUUGGCUUUACAGCAUUGUUGAGUCUGAGGCCCUCUAAGGUAAGGUUAUUUAGAAGCCUCCAGAAGCCGCAGUUUCAAAUGAAAGAGAUAAUACAUGAGCAAGGUCUGGGGAGAACAGACUAGGUACAGAGCAACUCAAGUUGAAUGAGGGAAAAUAACCAAGACAGGACACAAUGCAGUAGAAUACCAGUCAAUCAUUUCAUUCAUUGAGAAACAUCCGAAAACGCAGAAUAAUAACAGACCGAGGUUCUCAACCAGUUCCUAUCGCAGUAUCUGUGGCACAAGAGUUAACCAGCGGCAAUUCAUCACGAAGCGGCAACUGAAGGGAUUGGAAGAUUGCACUGACAUUUAGAAUGAAUGGCAUCAAUGAUGUGCCACGUAGGAUCGGAAUAAUUGGUAUGGAAUCCAGUUCUGACGAGAGAAAGGUUCAUUGGCGGAGAAGUUUGAUUGGAUGUUUGUGUUUUAUUUGACGUUGCCUGGCUCAAUAAUAAGUUCAGGGCCCCCUUUUUGUUCCUCCACUGCCAAUCAACCACAUUGUAUGUUGCUUCCAGCUGGCGUGGCUUCCCUUGCACUGAAGCAUUUCCAGAUUGUCAGCAGAGCAUGCGUUCGUUCAUUCCUUUCCUUUCUCAGCAUUGCUGGAAUUCAGUGAGCAAUCAAGUGAUGAAGCCAAGUUCCUGCAUGAUUAAUAACUUAUAUGCACACACACAUAUAUACAUAUACACACAGGGAUCUACAGUGGAGUGGAGUGGGGUGGAGUGACGAGAGAGCAGGGGACUUUUCAUCUUGCUUCCCUCCUCACCCUUGACCUGGUGCAGGAGAGGUCUUCACAGGAGAAUACUUUGUACUGUUUUCCACCCAUCAGUUAAGUUCUUUGAUUUGCUUAACGCAUGUGGGCAGCAAGCACAUGUAUAUUUAAAUACAU